GUCUACUGUAAAACAAUUUCCUAUUCAUAGGGGAGAAGAAUUAUGAAAUAUCUGUCAUGAAAGUUACAAAAAAAACUUUAAUGAAUGGUAGAACAUAGUUUUUCAGUAUUUAGAGUGUAGUGACUAUUUGUCCGUUCUAUGUUACUUCUAUGGAAUAUUGCAUCGCUAUCUGUAGAAUGCUCUGAUGUUACUGCCUUCUUCUGGAGCGGCACUACCCGUGCUGUGAUGGCGAGGAAACCCCGUUGACAAGGCACUGCUUUUUCAUGACGCAAAUAAAAGGUGGUGGUUAAUGAAUGAUUCCAUGCUCGCUGUCAGAAAGCUGUGUCAUGGAUGAUGAGGACGAUCGCCGUCUUCUGGAUAUUAUAGGGGAUGUGCAGGCGUUGAAUGACUACCUCCACGGCUCCACCAACAAGUCUAUUGAGGAGGAUGACGUGACGAACGCAGCUUACGGCUCUGCCGGAACCUUCUUCACCAGUAACACUGCUGGCUCUAACUCCGGCCUCAAAGAUGAAGAGUUUGAGGAUUCAGCAGGGGUGGGCCUCCAGCUUUCCAGUAGCCUAUCGUUCAUUGAGGAUGAGCUGGGGGGAGAAGCUUCUCCAGGAGGAAUGGAUCUUGGCGGAGGAGAGGACCAGCCCUUUGACAUCCUGCAGAAGUCUCUCAUGGAGGCAGACAUCACUGAACAGACUCUGGAACAGGAGGCCAUGCUAGACUCCCAACCACCUCCCCCUCCUCUCCCCUCGGCCCCCUCCCCAUUCCCCCCCCAGCUGGUCUCGGGGGGGUACGGCAGCGGGGUCACCACAUCGACUGCAGCUUUUCCCAGUGGUCAGUUCCUCCAGGGCGUGUCCCAGCUGCCUAAUGGCCAGGCAGGGGGGCACAUCCAGGUGUUGGGGUCCUUUGGCGGGGGAGGGGUCCAGCAGAUCCUCCUCCGGCAGGGUGGUGGGGUAGGAGGGGCGGUGGGGGGAGUAGCAGCAGGGGGGCAGGUGUUUGCCACUCCCUCCCCAGUGGGCCAGGUGAACCAGGUAGGCUUGCCCUUUAAGAACAUCCCCCUGCAGAAUAUCAUCAUCCAGAGAGGACCUGGGGGCGCCCAGGCCCUGGUCAGACCUAUCCAGCCCAAACCCCUUCAAGCUGGGGCUCAGACAGUCUAUAGCCUGGGACUCCAGACCACAACCACCACCAUGGUUAACACCGCGGCCCAGGGACACUACACAGCUAACGGCUCCAUCCUGGUCCACUCUCCCUUGGGGCAGCAGAACCAGGGACAGCAAGGCCAGGCCAACCUGCCCCCAGGGCAGUACCUGGUUCACCACAAUGGCCCCUCAGACCCAUCCCAAUCAACCCUGCUAGCCAAUCAGAACACAGUACAGCUCGUCGCCGGGCAGAACUUCACGGCGACGGGAGGUCAGCUGAUCCAGGUGGGAGGCAGCCAGGUGGGAGUAGGAGGAGCCAUGACCCAAACCUGGCAGAAUUUUCCUGGUACGAACCCUGCCCCAGUACAGGCGGCAUCAAACCAGGGGCGUCUGACGCUGGUUGGAACGGCGACUGGGGUUCGAGGGCAGGUGUCGGGCAGCCCAGUGCAGCGCCUCGUACUGUCUCAGACUCAGAACAGCAGCUCCCUCUCCCCCCUGUCUCUCUCUGGUACUGGUACUGCCUCACAGGAACAGGAGUACUCACAGGACAAGCAGGCUCAGACACAGCUCGUCAACCUCCUUGGAAACAAAGCUGUGAAAACAAUGACCUACAUCAGCCAAGACGCCCCGCUAAACACGCAGGUCAGUGCUCAGAAGAGGCCGGCCCCUCAGCAGCUCACCAGAGGAGGAAUGAUGCUACAGCAGUUGAGGAUGGAUCAUUCGGGGGUUCUGUCACCUGACAUCGCCCGCUUCACCUCAUUGGAUGACGCACUGCACAGACUCCUCCCCUACCAUGUGUUCCAUGGAGCUCCGCCCAACAGGGAAGAGUUUUCCCAAGUGGAUGAUGAGUUUGAGUCGAUGGCGACUCAGGUGUUGAAGAGGACCCAGGUCAUGAUCAACAAAUACAGACGACUGCUGAUGGUGGAGGCUGAGCGCUCCAGUCCCUCCUCAGAGAUGGUGAUGAUUGACAGGACCUUCAACCAAGAGGAGCGCCAGAACCUGACACAAGACAAACGUAUGAUACUGGUGGACCCAGAUGGCUUCUUGGAAGAUUUCUGCUGUGGGGUGAAGACAUCUCCCCUCUCUCUACCCUGCCUCCCCUUGGACCCUCUCUCCACCCCCUCGUCCAGCCACGGCGGAAGACAGACGGGGAGGGGGGUGACCACAGACCCCCUUACAGGACAGACCACCAGUCGGGCUAUGGAGACCCGGGGGGAGGAGGGAGAGGAGGAAUAGACUCUUUUAAGAGUAUCAUGGACCUGAGGAGGACUCAACAUAGCAACUAUGGAAACAAAGCUGCCUCUAGCAACCACAGCAACUAUCACCAUGGCAAUGUGGCUGCUACUGCCACAGUCGCGAUGUCGACAGAGCCGGUACAGACUCAGUUCCUGUCUCACCUGUCCUCCUCUCACCCCCAGGCCCCCCUGCCCCUCCCUCCCACCCUGCCUGACACAGACUCGGUUCUAGAGGCAGCUGUGAACAGCAUUCUAGAAUGUUAGACAGACAGAUUUGACAGACGGACGUGCCACCAUUCCAUCUCUCUCAUCCCCCUUCAUCCUUUGCCUCGCCGGCUCAUUCUUGGGGCUACAUGUUUGUUAUUGUUUAUUUUCUUAUUUUCCUCUCCCAUUGUCAGUCCUUUUCAACCAGCUCUGAGUUAGUUACAGUCAUAGAAAUAUAAUCUAGAUUAUUUUUCUAUGGUUACAGUACUAUGGUUACUGUAGGACAACCAGGGGUCAUGACCUGUGUUACAUCAUGUCCUGUUGGGUGUGAGCUGGAAGAAGAUAUCAACCCCCUGAACCCCAACUUUAGCCACGUGCAAUUAUGCUGAAGUUUAAGGAGGAAGAAUAUGAUGACGAUGAUGAUUCUGUGCCUGAGAAAUUCUAUGUUGUCCUUCAAAUGUUUACAUGAAGAAGCCUUGUAAGAAAUGUCCUUUAAUUUUUGCACCUGACAUUACACACCUUCACACACUGAGUAUAACAAACAUUAGGAACACCCCUCCCCUCCCCCAUGAUAACAGCCUCAAUUCGUCGGGGAAUGACUCUAUAAGGUGUCGAAAGCGUUCCACAGGGAUGCUGGCCCAUGUUGACUCUAAUGCUUCCCACAGUUGUGUCAAGUUGACUGGGAUGACCUUUGGGUGGUGGAACAUUCUUGAUACACACAGGAAACUGUUGAGCGUGAAAAAUCCAGCAGCGUUGCAGUUUUUGACAGAGACCGGUGUGCCUGGCACAAUACAACCAUACCUCGUUCAAAGGCACUUACAUUUUUGGUCUUCUGAAUGGCAAACAUACACAAUCCAUGUCUCAAGGCUUAAAAAUACUCCUCCCCUUCAUCUACACUGAUUGAAGUGGAUUUAACAAGUGACAUAAUUAAGGGAUCAUAGUUUUCACCUGGAUUCACCUGGUCAGUCUAAUGGAAUGGAAAGAGCAGGUGUUCUUAAUGUAUUGUAUACUCCGUGUAUAAUACCAUAGUCAUUUGAUGGAUUUGACAACUACAAUAAAUAUAUUGUUCUUUUUCUGUUCUAUACUUCAGUUUUCAUAGUCAAGCCAGAGAGACUCACUCACACUCUGAGUGUCUAACUACUAAAGCAGCUUUUGGUUUUCUGUCAGUUUUUAAAAUGUAUCUUUGACAUUUUUCUUAUGUACCUUAAAGGUAUGUGAUGCCCCUCGCGCGCGCACACACACACACACACACACAUUUUGUUCUUCUAUCCUCGUGGGGACCUAAAUUUAAUUUCCAUUCAAAAUCCUAUUUUACCUAACCUUAACCCCUAAACAUUUGUUGUGUUCGGGUUCUGCGCAUGUGACAAAGUUUGAAUUGAACUACCUAACUCCUAAACCUAAUUGUAACCAUAACCCCUAAGCUUAAAAUAGCCUUUGUCCUCAUGUACCCACAAGGGAUAAAACAUAUAUUUUUUUUACUAUCCUUUUGGGGGUUUUAGGUCCCCACAAGGAUAGAAAAACCAACCCACACAUCAAACACACACAUUUUGUUCUAUCUUCAUGGGGACCUAAAAUUAAUUUCCAUUCAAAAUCCUAUUUUUCCUGACCUUACCCAAACCCUAAUUGUAAGCAUUAACCCUAAACCUAACCUCUAAGCUUAAAAUAGCAUUUGUCCUCAUGGGGAUGUGGGAAAUGUCCCCACGAGGGGAGAAUUUUUCUUGUUUUACUAUCCUUGUCCCCACAAGUAUAGAAGAACCAAGACACACACACACACGUGUAUUGGUGUUGGGGGGAGCUAACUCCUCAGAUUGAGGGAAAAAUGUUACAACAUGUUUAUCUUUUUUUAUUUAGAUUAGAUUUAGUUAAUUUAAAAAAAUGAAACAUCACCAUUAUUUGUGUUGUUAGUGAUGUGUGUCCCAGCGAUGUCAACACGCAACCAUGGCAAUGUCUUACUGUCAUGUGAUACAAUGACCCUGGAAGGUCAUGGAUUGUAUAUGUAUGUCCACUCUGUGAACGUGUGCUGGUGUGUUCGUAUGUUUGUUGUGUGUUCACUCACCCCGGAUGAAUGUUACUCGUUCCCUAGCACACUUAGUUUCCCCUCCUCCACUCUAUCCUUCUCUCCCUCCCCACAGUUAAGAGAUGAGAGACAAGUGUAUGGUAAACUCUGCUUUUAAACUGACUGAAGGAACAGAUUGAAGGCCUUAGAUAGAAAGUGUCAGUUCUGUCUGAGUGAGUAAGGGCUUGAAUGGUCGUGUUCUCUUGCUCAAACGUCGCAUACAUCAACCAAUGGUUGCGUGCCACGUCCUUGACUGUGCCGUGGCGUCGGGCACCAGAUUGCUAGAACAUAUGUGGCACGUCUAUCCUAUCCUGGUGUUGUAAGGUCUUCAUGUGCCAGCAGUGUCUGAGCAGAAGAACACAACCACUGGGCGUGGCCUUCUCAGCCCUGGUCCUGAGGACCACUGUGUCUGCUGGUCGACACUCAAAUGACACACUGUUCCCCAUAUAUUUUUACCCAGAGCCUAUGUAACUCAUCCUAUGUGACUCAAAAGUAGUGCACUAUAUGGGAAGUAAUUUCACACAGGAGUGUCUUGAGGGGUUGAGGUACUAGGCUAUGCCCUUUCUGCCAAGGAGAGCAAUACAUUUCUACUUUCUUGACCCGUCUUCACUGUUGACUUUCUUUUGGUCUGUCUCACUAUCUACAUGAUUUGUAUAGGGGCUUUUUUGGUAUAAAAAAUGAACGUGAAACACAAAAUAUUUAUAAUUUUUUGUAAGGAAAACCCCAGAGGAAAAACACAAGAAAAUGAAGUUAUUUUUUAUUCUGUUGGCUUUGAAGUGUUCCAAGAGAAAUUGUUACAAAAUACUGUCAGUUGUUCAUUUCUAGUUUGUGUGUUUACUACAACAGCAAAAAUAGGUCAAUAAUAAAUUCAUUUUGAAUAAAAUCAUAAA